AUUCCCGUUUUCUUUAUAAGCAACAUUCACUACGAUCUUGUAUCAGUGAAGACACGACCUUCGAUAAAAUAGCCACGGCACCUUUAAUCUACACUAUAUUGUCAUUUUUGUGAAAAGCGGAAGACCACCUGUAACAAUGUCAGACAGUGGAGAUAACCAGGAUUCCCGACGGCUUCGAAAUAUGCAAGGGCUCCUGAACUUCUGCACGGAGAUCACAGCUCGCGAGGACACCACAGCGCCUUCGCAAAUUAGUGGGAUGGAUCCUGAGCGCCGUGCCUUUCUGGAGGAAGCGCUGUCAGGAAUGACCAUGAAUGUGGCCAAAUUGCUUGCUGAAUCGGUUCAAAAACUUUUAAGUGAAGCUGUUACAAUGCCAGAGGAGGAUGUAACAGAACAGGAGGAAGCAAUUCUGCAAAUUGAAGAACAUGUGGAUGACCUGAAUCAUGCAAUGGACUUCUAUAAAAUGGGAGGAUUUCCAGCUUUACUGAGAUGUUUGAAUUCUCCCCAUGCAAGUCUUCGAGUUGGAGCUGCUGGAUUGAUUGGUGAUAUAUGUCAGAAUAACCUAGUGUGCCAAGAAAGUAUGCUUUCUCUAAAGGCAAUCCCUCCUCUUCUUGAAAUGAUGGACACUGACACAGAUAAACAAGCACGAAUAAAAGCUUUAUAUGCCAUUUCAUGUCUUAUCAGAGAUUUUCCAAAAGGUGAAGAAAGUUUCUUGAAAGCAGACGGCCUCUCCUAUUUAAUGCGUUCAAUGCAAUCAGGCAUAGAGAAGUUAAUUGUGAAGUCAACAUUCCUGUUAAAUAACCUUGUCAGAAACAAUGAGUCGUAUAUUGACACUGUUCUCUCUAUGGGAUAUGUUGAACAGUUAGCAAUAAUUCUUGGCAAUGAAGACACAGACAACAUUUCCCGAGAGCAUUGCACUGCGGCAGUCUAUGGGUUGGCAUCGUCUUAUCCACAGGCUCUUCAGGAUGCUCUAAGACCAGAAUUGGGUCUACCACAGCUUCUGCGAUCAAGAUUAAGUACAAUUAGUGGGAAAGAGGAAUUUCAGGAAGAGGAGAAUCAUAUUCAUGAUUUGCUAAAUCUCUUUCAACAAGGGGAUGAUGAUGAUGAACACAGAUAGCUGUUAUAUUUGUAAGGAUUACUAGAAAUAAAAAUUCAAUUUUAUGAACUUUUUAUUCAAACAGUUGCCAUGUAAAAGGAGGCCUUUUAGAGCACUAGCAUCUGUCACAUCUUUUGUGCUAAUCUGAGAUCUUUUAUAAAAUGUUUAUGUUUCAUUUUAUUAGCAUAUUUGUAGAUGGUAUGUGCAGUGAAGUGCAGACUUUUCUGUAUAUUAUAGUAGCAACACAAAAUACUCAAUUGUUUUUUUAGACACUGUAUUUGUAAUACCUGUAUGUCAUUUUCACUUGUAGUUUAACCCUUUCCCAAUGGGUAGUAUUCAUAGUGGCUCUGGCCCCGCUGCAGGGGGCUCAUAUCGUCACCCUAGCAAGUGCGACCGCUCAUGCCCAAUACCAGCAUCCCUUGCCUUUUCUUUGUAAUACUAAGAGCCUUUGUUGUAUUUUCAUUAUUAUUAUUUUCUAAGGUCUCUAUUUGCCGUAUUUCCUGAUAAGUCAAGACUGUAGGAUAUUUUUGUUGUUAUAUAGAUGCCAUAGUCUCCAGCUCUUAUUGUCUGAAUAAAAUUAGCAGUGUGUGGUAUCAUGGGGUUGAAACCGUAGGUUUUGUUUUAAUUUUUUAUUUGUAAUUUUUUUCAAGUUAUUUUAUAAGAUAAACUUUAGUUUUAACAGGUUUAUAUCAUCACUUCCAUAUAGAUAUAAUUUUUAUGUUCAGUGUUUUUAUAAAUAUGUUAUUUUUUUUUUUUUUUUUUUUUUUAACCAAAAUACAUAUCGGUAUUUUCACGUGGUUUUACAUAUCACUUCGUGAAUACUAUAUAAUAUCUCUGGCCAAUGUAGUCGAUUACCAACGUAAUUUUUUUGACGCUAACCUCGGAAGCCCGAGAAGCCUUUCUGAAAUGCAUAGUAUAAGAAAAAUGAGAAAAAGUGUUAAAAACUACUUAUCACAUCUUCAGUGGCAAAAAAACAUUUUGCCAUAAUUGUAACAAAACAAACUCAUGGCAUGGCUAUACAUACACAAUGGCAUGUACGUACAUGCCACCGGCAGAUAGUCCAGGCAUGCCAUGGCAUGUACGUAAAUGCCACCAGUCGGGAAAGGGUUAAGAGAGAUUUCGAAACAUUUUAAAUAUAGAAUGUUUUCUCUAUUAUGUUAGUAUGUUGGUAGAAAAGCAAUCCAUCAGAA